GAUCACUUUAGAUUCAAGAUGGCGGGUGCAGCGAGUGAUGCAGCGUCGAUGUUAGCUGAAGCCUUACAGAAAAUGGACGGACUCAUUUCCGAUGACCAACUUAUAAUGGAAAGCUUAAAAAGUCAGUAUCAUGGUCAUGUAACAACCAACAAUAGAAUUCUCUCCCUAGUGGAAGAGCUUAGGGCUCAUGUCGAAGAGUUGCCUAUUAAUACCAGGUCAGCAAUUGAAGUUCCUGAGUCAACCGUUGCUCUUCUCAUUGAUUGGUUGAGAUCUAUGCAGGUAACCAAACUAAUAACUUUGUUCGCAGACAAUUUACCUUUAUUUUUACUUGCGUAAUUGCUGAGGAAAUUUUUGUUUGUUUGUUUGUUUUUAACUUUUAUAUUCAAUUCCUGAUGUAGACAACCUUCAAAAGUGAACGACAUCAAGGCGAGCCUUUGACAAAUGGUGAAGCACAUAUUUCGUUGGUCAGUAGAUUAGAAGCGGAAAAAGAAUCGAUGAUCUUACAAGUUAGUGUUCUUACGGAUCAAGUAGAAGCUCAGGGAGAGAAAAUAAGAGAUCUGGAGUUUACGAAAGAGGAAAUGCAAAUAAAAUUAGAAGAAGCAGAACAACUGCUUGAUAGCGUGAGUAUACAAUUAGUCUCGCUUGCGUAAGCAGCGAGACUCAUAAUCUGCAACCUGUUUUUCUUCGUAUUUACGACACAAAAGGGGGUUCAUUGUGCGAGGCAUUCCUAGCUGAGGCCCGGGAAACUGGGAAUAAGAAUCGUUGCCUAACCAAAGCCACCCAUGUUUUGCGAAGAAAGCUUAGGAAAGAUUAAAUGUAGAGCUUUUCGAAAACAUGUCGGUCCAUCGCUUGAAAGCUUGAUUACCAUGGACCAACUGAACACUGUACUGAGUGGUCGAAAAAAAAAAAGAAGAAUCUUACUUAGCAAAACUGUGAUGGUCGGAUGUUGUAAACUUUCAUUGUAUGCAAAUGAGUCUUGUGAUGAGGACGCGGUUUAUUUUCGGCCAUGAUUGAAAUGAUGUGCAAUGUAAAUCACUUUUUUGAUCUCUGACAAUGCUGUAAUUUCUCUGGAUUCAAGGCCCUUGAAUUUUCGUGUUUUUAUACACGCGUACAUAGCCUGCGACAGCACAUGUAUUUCCGGUCGUCGCUAACACGCAUACUAAAUUAAUUCAGAAAGAAAUAAAAAGUAAAUAUCCUGAAGAAUGCUCGACGUCGCUUAAGUAGGAAGUACAAAACCUUUAGCAAGUAAAUCCUGUUUCGUGUAGAAUUAAUCGCCUCCUCAUUUCUUGAUCUAAUCUCUAAGCACGUGAGACUGAACACCGCUCUAAGAGUGUUCUUGUUCCAUUCUAUGAUGAGCCGUGUGGUGUGUGGGCAGGGUCACAUACAUCCAAAUAUUCAUGUUACAAUGAAGUGAUUAAGAAUCUCAAUGUGAUUUCAAUGUAAUUCAAAAACACUUCUCUGCGAAACAAAAUUUUCCCCUUGGGAGGGACAGGAGCUUGACACUGGGGUCAGGGGUGCCACCAAUGGUUCAUCAGAACCCUGGCCAAUACCCCAUCCUGUUUAGGACAAAAACAAAACCUAAAGUGGGAAAGCCAACACAGUCCAUUUAAGAACCUAUUUAGGACAAGCAAAAUAUAUUGUAUACUCUGUUCUCACUGGUGGCUAAAAACCAUGCAGGUUCUUGUAAUAAGCAUUAGGAUAAAAAAAGGAUUACAAAGGGGAUUGAAAUUUGUUUGUGCAUGUUCUUUGGGGUAGUGUUAGUAAAACACUGUUUAUCUGUCAGUUUUCCCGAUGGUGGGAUAUUGACGAGGACCACAUAACCAUAAUUUGUGGAUGGCUUGUGUCAAGAGAAAACUGUUUGUGAAAAUAAAUCAAAUUAGAAAAAAAUUAAAGUAGAGAUUGAAUUUACAUUUUAAUAUUAUGGGUUGCUAUUUUUUUGGUCUUUAGGAGACUUUGAAGUCAUCAAAUCUGUUAAAGAAAAAACUAGAGUUGGAGACAGAGGUUUCUUCACUACAAAAAGCCCUGAACAAACUAAAUCCAGGAAGUGGUUCAACAGAAGGCUCAGUACGUUACUCUUAUGGUAUACAUGUACCUUUCAUCAUGCCCGCCCAGCCAGUAUAUUGUGUCUGUGGAAGUUAGGAGAGUGACCUUGUGGUGUUUAUUGCCCAAGGCUGGUGGGGUAAAGAUGUUGACCAGAACAAACCUCAAGGGUUAUAACUCUCACCUUGUAAAAGAAAGAUCAGUAAGCUAUUUACAGGCAUGGCAGAGGAGUUGUACUGGAGCCCAAAAAAAAAACAAAAAAAGCAAAACAAUCCAGCUAGUGAACAGAGCGGGAACUGGACUUACAAUGUCCAACAUGCUAACUACUUGGCUGCACAGCCUCUUUUGACAGAAUGGUGAUUAAUUUUUUUAACCAUUUUGUUGGCUGGAUCACUGACACUUACUUGUUGUAUAUUCUACAGGAAAGAUAUGAAAGCCUAUUAGCAGAGAAAGACAUGGAAAUUGAAAUGUUAAAAGACCACAUUGAGGUGCUACUAGAUGAGCAAGAAACACUUAAUGGACCUGAUCAUACCGAAGGUAAUAAAAAGGUACAGAAAGCUAGCGGCUUCGCUUGUUAUGUACUGAUUGCACAAUUUUUGCGUAAUAAAUUGGUCCUAGAUUCCAUCUGAGUACACUUGCUAAUUCAUAAGAAUUCCCAACAAAGGGUUUAUUUAUUUAUUUAUUUAUUUAUUAUUUUCCCACAAUAAAGAUUACACAAGCAUUACAUUAUACAAAGAUGUGGCGAGGGGACCUCAGAAAACCACAAGGCUUGUACGAGGAGGCCCCCUCGUUACAAUAAUAUUAAGCAAUAGAACUAUAACAACACACAACAACGGACAGUACAAGACGCAUUAUCGAUAUAGUAGAAAAUCAAAACUUUCGCUUUAAAACGAUUGCAAUGUAAAAAUCAAGUGACUGAGUUUGGUAAAGAAUUCCAAAUUUUAGGGCCUUGGAACAAAAUAGAAAAUUGUUUGGUGUUAGUUCGGCAGGCAUGAGAACGGAAAUGCGAGGAACUUCUAGUAUUAUAAUUAUGAAUAUUGCUACUAGUAACAAAAAGGUUCGAAAAAAAAGCGGUGGCAGUAAUUGAUGAUAAUAUGAAAACAUAAAUUGUGCAGUAUAGAAUGAAUUAAUGUUGUAUAUGUCCAAAAUCUUUAAACGGAAAAAUAAUGGUUCAGAGUGCGCUGAAAAAAUCUGCAUUUGUAAUAAUUGCACUGCUCGCUUUUUGUAGAAGAAAAAUUCUAUUAAGGUUUGUUACAUAAGUGGAGGACCAAACUGUGGUACAAUAUGUUAAAUAAGGAUAAAUUAAGGUAUAAUAAAGAGACUUUUUGUUGUUUCAGAAAGAAAGAAACGAGACCUAAACAUGACGCCAAUAGAUUUUGAAAUUUUCUUACAUAUAUAAGUAAUAUGCGGCUUCCACGUUAGAUGCUCGUCGAUAAAACCCCUAAAAAUUUAACUACCUUUACUUGUUUUAAUAAAACCUCAUCGUACAAGACAGGAUUUAUUGGGAAGUCGACUGGUUUUUGCCUUGCUGCAAAAAUGAUAUAAUUAGUUUUCGUUAUGUUAACAGAGAGCUUAUUUGCUUUCAUAAAAGAUCAAUUUGAGAUAAAUCAUUAUUUACGGCAGAAAUAGCACAAUUUAAAUCGGGAUUAGAAUAAAACACACUAGUAUCAUCUGCAAAAAGCAUAGUUUCAGCAAGACGAGUAGCACAAGGGAGGUCAUUGAUAUACAAAACAAACAAUAAUGGUCCUAAUAUAGAACCUUGAGGGACUCCACAGCUCAGAGUCAGCCUAAUAGAACAAGUCUCUUUGUACUGGACAAACUGCACGCGAUUUGACAAAUAGCUUUUCAACCAGCUAAGUGCUAGCCCAUGAAUCCCAUAAUGCUCAAGCUUAGACAAGAGUAUUUGAUGGUCUAAAGUAUCAAAUGCUUUUGAUAAGUCUAAGAAUAUGCCAACUGUAUAUUCGCUUCUGUCAAUAGCAGUUGCAAUUUUAUUAAUAAGAUGAAUUAAAGACAGCGCUGUAGAAUAUUUUUACGAAAUCCAAAUUGGCAACAGUAUAAGAUAUCUAAACGAUCUAAAAAAAUUUGUAAUACUGAUUGUGCAUAACUCUUUCAAAGAAUUUAGAAAAAUUAGAAAGAAGCGAAAUUGGACGGUAGUUAGUGAAAUACUGGGAAUCACCAGCUUUAAAUACCGGAAUCAGUUUAGCAAUUUUCAGUUCAUCAGGAAAUACUCCUUUAAUAAGAGACAAAUUGAUUACAUUGGCCAAAGGCUGAGAAAUGAGAUCAAAGGUGCUUUUUAUUAUAUCCAUUGAAACGUUAUCAUAUCCAGGCGACUUUCCAGAUUUAAAAGAGUUGCAUAUUUGAUUUAGUUCCAAAUAUUAGUUGGAUUUAAGAUAAGCGACUCAUUAACAGAAGCGCCAAGAAAACUACGAAAAGAUACUUGUGUGUCUGGAAUUUUCCUUGCUAAAUUCGGACCUAUGUUGGUGAAGAACUUACAAAAGCAGUUAGCUAUUUCUUGUGGAUCAUUUAACAGUUUUCCAUCAGAGAAAAAGGAAUUUGGCAGAGCUGCUUUUCUGCUCGGUUUGUUGAUUACAUCAUUGAUUAGUUUCAAGUUUCUUUCAGGUUAUUUUUAGCCUUCUCAAAUUUUAUAUCAUAGUACUUUCGUUUAGCAAUUUUUAUAAGAUGAUUCAGUUUGUUCCGAUAGCGUUUGUAUUUUAACUCAGUAGUUGAGUCCCUAGAAUUAAUGAACUGCUUAUAGAGUUUAUCUUUUUUCCUGAUAGAAACAAGCAGAGAUUGCGUUAUCCAAGGGAGCGAUUACUUUCUUUUGUUUUAAGUUUUAUCGCUUUUAAUGGAAAGCUUUCAUUGUAUAAUCGAACAUACUCACUCACAAAACUAUUAUAACAUUCAUUAGUAUCGCUUUCAUCGAAACGUAAAUUCCAAUUAACACGAGAAAGAGAGAGCCGAAAAUUGCUCUUAUUUCUUUCUGAAAAAUCUCUUUUAGUGAGAUAUUUAGUUUGGCUAUUUUUCGACGCUAUUUCUGUCUCAUCCACUUCAUAAACAAAAACCGGUAGAUGGUCAGAAAUAUCAUUAAUAACAAUACCAUUGAAAUGUUUACACCUUACAUUAUUCGUGAAUAUAUUAUCAAUAAGUGUGGCCGAAUGAGCAGUGAUCCGAGUCGGUCUAUUGAUUAGAGGAAUGAACAUUGGGAAUGUUAAUUUCAACAAAAAGAGUUUCGAUCACUUCAGGUUCAGAAUAAUUACAAUCGCGGCAUAAUUUGUAUUCUAAAUCGUCAAGUAAAUAAAGACCUGCUCCACCGGCGGACUUGCUAUCGCGGUGGUUCGAAAUAAAUUUAUAUCCAGGUAUUUCCACCUGGUCCGACGUAAGCUCAGUUAGCCAGGUUUCCGAUACGCAUAUGGCAGAAAAUGGAUUUUGCAAAUGACUAAGCAGGAAUUUAAAUUUAUCUAAAUGACCGAUUAGGCUUCGUGUAUUAAUAUGAAAUACAGAGAAGCAAGGAGAAUUUGAACUAUUAGUUAGCUUAGCAUUAAUUUCAUCCUCAGUAUAAUAAUUACUAGGAGGAGGAGAAAAAGUAAACUGUUGAUCUGGAUCUAACUCAUUAAAGAAAAACUGAUUAGAGACAGACGAAUUAUCAAUUGGGUUGUACAAAAGAGAGCUUAAUCGUUCGCUAUCAUAAUGUAGAGGUCCAUCGUCAUUUCAUAUAAAGCAAUAUUAAAAUCGUUAUUGCCUAAAUGAGAAAAAGGGAGCUCAGGCUCAGGGAGCUCAGAGUCAGAAGCCAUUUGGCUUCACUGGCUAAUAAUUAACUGUCAAUGUAUAUAGCCCGAUACUUAGCUUUGUCUUGAGUUCUUGAACUCCUCAAAAUUUGCCAUAGACAUAAAAGAAUAGACUUGGGAUGCUGGGUUAUCAUCUUUACGCAACAAAACUUUGCCAUUCUUUGUCCAGGCAAACUUGAAGUGAUUUACCCUCUUGAACUCUUUAACCUUAGCCAAAAGCUCAUGGGUUCUUCUGGGUCAAGCUCUCGUUGAUAUACAAGUCAAACUCUUCGGUAAAACCAAGAUCCAUAGCUGUCUUACUCCUUAUCUCUCUUUCUGCUCAACAAACGGUCACGGACAUUACGACGACAGAACUUUACAAUUAUUGGAGGGCAUUUCGCCUUCUCUACUUGGCAGACGAUGGCUGAUAGAAAUGUCGGCCAACGAGAUCUCAAGCUCAGGAUCAACCAACUCCACAAGCUUACACACAAGAUCGUCUGUUUCUUCAUCAGGUCGCGUGAGGCACGCCCAUGUAUUUCCAACAUAUCACGACGAAGAUACUGCUUUAAUGCCUCGCUGUCGUUUUCGACUUCCUCCAGCUUAAUUUCAAGAUUGUUUAAGCUGCCCUUUCAGGGCAUCUACUUCUGAUCUCAGGCGCCGGUUCUCCAGUUAGAUCUUCAGUUGCCUUCUUAGCCUUUUUUCAAUUUGGCGUCAACAAAAGCUUGGCUUCGUUUAAUUUCGCCUAUAUCAUCUUUGUAAAGCUUGAAGUACUUAAGCAUCAUAUCGUGAAUAGACUCAGAUUGCUCCUUCAACCGUCUUGUCAGAAUUACUUCAAAAUCCUGAAGACCGGCGGCCAUGUUUAUUGCUUCGUUGCCAUCCCGGAAAGACACACUUUCUUCGGUUUCGGAUAAUUCCGCUUGUUCUGCUGCCGUCUGAUUAGCAGAUUGAUUUGACGGCUUCUUUUGGCCUUUUUUUGAUUUACCAGACAUGUUUUAGAACGUUUAGAACUCAAAGAAAUGGGGAGCUCAGAAAAAUACGUCUCACCCGUCCGUCACCACGUGUGUUGUUCUUAGGUUUAACAAACAAAAGCUCUAAUAACCAGGCUUGUGAACCUUCUAAAUUGGUGAAGUGCCUUUAUUUCCACUUAAUUAAGUAGUAGGAUGCUAAGUACUGUACAUGCAGACUGUAAAAUGGUUGUCUCUAUUCCACCCCCAGGUCAGCCCUCUAUGGCCUUGAAAUCACAGCUGAGAGAAAAAGGUAUUUCAUGUUGCAACUAUAAUCAUUUUUACUAGUGGAAGUUUGAACAUGAUUCUAAUUAGGAAGCUUACAAAAAGUGGUAUAGCAUCAAACUCAACUGCACUCAGGUACCAAUUGGUUUUCAUUUGAACCAGUGGCAUUAAUAGGUCCUUUUUGCUCCUUUGAUAGCCUCAGAGGUAAACCAAUUGAAAAUGGAAGUUGACUCCUUGACAGCAUCUUGCCAAGAAAAGGACCAACAGUUACAGGAAGCUCAACAAUCAAUUCUUAAGUUUAAAAGAGUGAGUGAUUCCUUUAACAGAUUUGCUGAUUUUACAAAACUUGCGAAAAACAUGAAUAUUAAUGUUUUUAAGGGUCAGAAGUAGCUUGUACUAGUUGUAAUAAGCCUCCCGUUGAUUUUGUUAUCAUUUGGAAGUAUCGCUGUCCUGUCUUUAUCUGGCUCUAUGUAGUAAAAGCCAUGAUGAGAGUUCAAUGAUGGUUACCCGUUGCGCUUUUGAUCAUAUUUGCAUGGAAAAGGCGCGUUAUAAAUUUUUAAUUAUUAUUAUUAUUAUUACCCAAAAAAAUUGAAUGCAUAUUUGGAUGCAACAUCUUUCCCAGGAUUCUCUUCUACUCAUCAGGAGAGAAUUCUUGGAACAUUAAAUAAUAGCCUUAUGAAAUUGAAGGGUUCUCAGCUCAGCAAUUUGACAUUGUCAAUGAUAUUACUGAUUUUAAGAUAGAAGAGAUGCUUAUGAAAGCAAACCAGCAGAAAGGUUCCGAUGGAAGCCCGGUUGUUUCACUAGAUGGUAUGGACAGUAGCAGUGUUCACAGUGCAGAUGCUUUGACAACACCUAGCAGUACAAGUAGUCCAGAGCCAUACAGCCAUCAGACUCCAAGUUCUCACAGUCGGCCUGGACUGCUUACAGGUGCCUAGCUAACUUUCCACCAUAAUUAUAUCCUAAACCUCUCUUUCAUGUUCACUGUCCAUUGGUAACGUGCUCCAUGUUCCUUUUCCAUGCUCCAGUUAACCUAUUACCUCAAGCUCAAAUCAGUUUAAGUUAGUGCUGGUAUGUUGAUGUGCUUUUUUUUCUUCUCAGAAUCAUAUACUCAAGCAGUAAACAAUCCUGUGACACCAAGUUUAAGAGCCCUUAAGACACAAACCCCUCCAAGUCCAUCAAACAGGAAGAGACAUGGUAUUAGAGCAUCAUUUGGCAAAGGCCUUAUGAAACUAAGAGGACAUAAAAGCUCAAGUGAACCUAGUUUAGGUAUGGGCUGUCUAAUAUAUAGCAAUAUUUGGUGUUAUACUGUUGUACAACGAACUUGGUUUUUCUCUUCUCUUGAAGGUUCAAUUUGCCCAAGUUUUCAAGGAGAAAUCACUAGGACUUUACGCAUAUUGACAUCAGUGUACAAAUCUCUUUAAAAAUUCUUUCACAAUUAACUGUCUCCAUGAAACACACAGGAGCUCUGGACUUAAGAACUCCAUCUUUCGUUUAUGAUAACCACGCGACCUUUCUUUGUUGCUUUUUGCUGUAGAGUAUUUGAUUGCACACAGUCAAGUUUGGAAAUCUCAAAUGUGUCAUUUCUGUGGUUACUCCUUUUGAUUUAGACAUUGAUCUACAAAAAUCAUUGGAUUUUUCUAGAAAAAUAGGAUUCUUUAAACGAUAAUAGAAAGUACAUGUAAUACAAGGAUACUAUACGGGUAAGUUAAAUUUAAAAACUUGUCCUCUUUUUGCACUUCAGUUGCGACAGAUCAUGCAGAUAAAGAGCAUAUACAAAUAAAGGUACAAUGUGUUGAUUUGCUAGUCAAAUUUACAAAUUCAUGUACACUGUACUGUCACUUUAACUUGAAAGGAAUAUAAAAGCUAUUUGUUAUAAUAUAGUAAAAAUAAUAAUGAUAAUUUAAAAUAUAUAUGCUCAUAUAAUAAGCUUAUGUAAUAGAGCUUUCACAAAAAUUAAUUAUCCAUUCAUUUUCUAACCCUGCCCACCAGUGCUUAACUUGGAUUGUGCUAUACUCACCACGAUGUGCAAAGUUUUGGGAGACAUUAUUUCUAUUAUUAGUUAGGGGGAAAAGUUCAUCAACCUCUUAUUUCCUUCAAAUUUUCAGUAAUAAGAGUUGUAGGUAAAUUCCUAAUUUCAAUUCUUGAACCACAAUCCUCUUCAUCAGAUGUUAACGAAACUGUUACAUGACUGUAAAUGUAAAGAUUUUUUAUUGUGCUGAGUGGCAAGAGUUUGUCCAGCAUCUGAGAGAUUUUGUCACGACCGGUAACCCAAGAUAAAUAACUAUACUAUAUGCAAAACAAGAAUAAAAAAUGUCAAGUUAGUUGAUGCUCCUGCCUUCUAUUAUGUUCAUUUUGAAAUGAGGGCGUGAUUCUCAACUAAUACAAAUGCCUGAAACAAAAAAUUCAAAUUGAACUUAACAGGGUUAAGACUCCCAACUGGCCAGAGGCAAACUAGUUGGUUAUUUACAAGCAUGGCCAAGGAUUUGAACUCGGGACUACCUUGAACAAAUCCAGCUAGUGGUCAGAGCGGGACUUGAACUCGGGGCCUCCAAAUUACAAGUCCGGUGCUCUAACCACUCAGUCUCGUUGCCUCCAAAGGUAGAAAUAGGAUGAACAGUUAUGACGUUUUUUUAUUUUUCAGACUUUUAGGUAUUUCAGGCAACAGCAAUUUGCUGUCUGUCCUCUUUAAAUUGUCUUUUGAAUUUGCCCCACAGAUGCAGCAUACUGUAGUGGUAUUGCUUAACAUGUGACACCUCUUGUGGAGAGCUGAGUUGUUCUCAGUUUAACUGAUCUUGUCUGCUUGUCCUUGCUUACUUUAGGACAUUGCUAAAGAACAAGAGAGAAAUCCUUCUCAGAAUCAAGACGAGGAAAAGAAAAAGAACUUAAGCAAAUUUGGAAAAGCAUUUAUUAAGUAAGUGACUGAACUAGUCUUUCUUGAUUUCUAUCAAAUGCAUUGUAAUAUUUUAUUAUUAGAAUUACUGGUAUAUAUUAAAAAGCAGCUAAUUAAGAUCAAGGAAUAAAAAAGUGAAAUUUUUCUCCAACAGAUUACGAAGGACAAAAUCUCUUAGCAUGAAUCCUAAUGAACGCGUUGGUCCUGCCGUGAAAACUCUUGAUCUCAAGAGAUUCACCAAUCACAGUCACAGAGAUUAUGGGUAACUAGUACACAAUGAAUUUUUUAAAAAGCUCUUGUCUUGUAAUAUAGGGCCAUGACUUAAACUAUCAGGAUAUAAAAAAAGUUUUAUACCAGCAACUGAUGAUAGACUCAGUUUGAUGAAACAUGCAGACUGCUGUGUGGUUGUAUUAAAUUUUGUGCUUCUUAUGGUUUUCUUGUUAACAUUUAAAAAGUAGCUAAAACGCAUUUAAGCUUGUUUGUGUCAUACUAUUCAGUGACCAGCUGGAGCUUCCAUUUGGUCAAUGGAGUCCACAGAUGGUAGUAAGCUGGUUAGAUGAUCUUGGAUUAGGGCAAUACUCUUUACAGUGUGGCCGACAUAUAACCUGUGGUCAGGACCUACUAAGAGCAUCACCCUCCCAGCUUGAAAAAGACUUGGGUUUUAAGAAUCCAUUACACAGAAAGAAAUUACAGUUGGCACUACAGGUUUGUUCCUUUGUGUAAGUUUAAAAUAAUACUUAUACCCAAGAAGCCAGAGACUUUUUUAUGCACAGUUUGGCUUCAGCUUCGAAUGAAGAUUUGUCAGCAUGCUACUAAACUAAAGCAUCCUCCAUUCCUCAUCCCAUCCCCCAAUGUGAGGUAGCACCUAGCAUCUUACACCCAGGGAAAGUAAAAUGACUGUAAAGUACAUCUAGAAUUAUCACCUGCCCUAGGAAUGUUUCUGUGAGUAUAUCAUUUCCAUUCUUUUAUUUAAUGUUGUAACUGUGUGUGUGAUUUGCUUGAUUUGUGUCUAUAUACAGGCAUUAAUUUCAGAAGGUCCAGAUGUUAUGGGCAGGCUAAGUAAUCAUUGGGUCUUAGGUAUGUUCUGAAAUGAGAAAUAUAUCACAAAAAUUUUUCAGCAAAUUGUGUUAUAGUGGACCUCCACGCGCACAUGAGCGGAGCCCCAUACCUAAGAAAAUGUACACCUGUCCACCUGUCCGUCCACACCCCAGGGAAACCAGUGUGAAAUGUCAAUUUUUUCUAGCUAGUGUAAGGGCCUGUAACCUGUGUUAACCUGAUAAUAUACAUCUAUAUCAUGGUCAAUUGACAGGUGUCAAAACAGGGUAUCCACUGACCAGUGUUGUGGGCUUAGAUGCCAACUCAUUGAGGCCACAUGCUUUCUUUAAGUUUUCUGCCUACCAGUUGUUAGCUUUUAAUUGAUCAUGGGCUCAAGUUUAUGUUUUUCAGUCACAUGGGUUUCCCAUAAAUUGUGGUCUUUUCAAUUUUGUGAAGUUCACUGUCUGCAGUAAAUUUAAAAUCCAUAAACGGAAGCUUUGCUUUUACCUCUAGCAAAAUCUACAUGUUAAGGAUAUGUACAUACAUACUUUAUUGGCUCGUCCCCACGGGGCUUUUCAGAGUCAAUAUGUCUGAAAUAUCAUCACUCAAGGAGUUCAGUAGCUCACAGCCACACUGUCUAUCUUAUGGCCCUUUUGUGACCAAAUUAAGUAUUAGCAGUUAAUAUUGUUGUAAAGUUUGUGAUAUAGAAGUUUCCCAAUUACUUUUUAGGUUGGCUUGAAGAUAUUGGCUUACCACAGUACAAAGAUGCUUUCAGUGAAGGCUCUGUUGAUGGGCGCAUGUUAAACUAUCUCACAUUUGUAAGUAAAGAAAAAGAAGAAAAUUCCAGUAUUACUAAAGUUGUUGCUUCAUGUUAUAAAUACAGAUGACAGGUCUUGAUGAUUAACUUAAAAACAAGUUAUUCCGAACACCCAGUGCUAUUAAAAUCUGUUUAAAUUUCUCGGUUCUCUGACGUUAUUUAUGAGAAUCUAUAAUAACCAGUUCUUGUGAAUAUGAGAGGUACAAGUGGAGAGGAAUCCAUUUAAAGUGCUUCUGCUCUUUCUUUAUUGGAAGGGCAGCCUUAGUAUAGCACUGAACCAGCUGCAAGGCUCAGAAGUGAGAACUUUAUUGGGGAACUGAAUUUCUGACCCUGUUCCUCCUAAACCCAAUCUAUUUGGAGCAAUGAGUAUUCAUGAUUUAAGUAUAAAUUUUAAUGUGUGAUUUUUUCUUGUAAUGAUAGAGUGACAUGCUUCAUCUCAAGGUACAUAAUGCACUUCACCAUAUCAGUAUCAAGCGGGCGAUACAGUGCCUCAGGUGAAUUCUACUUUAUUACCUCAUGCUUAAGCUUUUUAUCUUAAAUAUGAAAACUUGAAAGCUCCCAACUGUUGAAACACUAUACAUGUUACGCAAUAACAUUUUUAAGUGAAAAAACACCACCCUUCUUCGUUGUUCUUUUUUCAGUUUGUGAAGAAAUAAUUCUGAAAUUCAUAUCAGCAACUAAAGCUAAAUCGGCUUUGGAAUCUGUUUAUUUACUUUUCCGUUAUGACAAAAGCAAGUUCUGGCAUAUUAAAUAAGGAUAAUUUUUUCAGUAUGUUAUUAUUGUGAUGUUACUGUUGUAACUAGUUUAGUGUUUUUUUUUUUUAAAAAAUUAAAUCUUGUCUGAUGUAAUAUUGGUUUUUAACAGUUUAUGUAGCCAAAACCAUUUGAAACUUUUGUUAUCAGAAAUAUAAAAGCAAUAAUAAUAAAGCUUUAUAUGUUGAGUGGGAGUGAGAGACUUGUGCGUGUAUGUAUUCUGGUUGGGAGGGAGUGCUGUGCGUACCCCUCUGUCUCACCUUGCAAUCUACUAAUAAUUGAAAUUCUGCAAAAAUAAUGCUCUUAUUUAGCAAGUUGUAGUUAAAUCAAUGUUCAUGUUGCAGAUUACACAAUUUCCAUCCAAACUGUCUGAAGAGACAUCCUGUGGAUGAGGUAUGGUUUCUUAAGCCUCCAUCUACACUAAAUAAUCCACAAUACUAGUAAAAGCAAUAAAAUCAGAGUUAGGAGAAAGAAACAAAAUGCUUAAUUAUAUUUAAAAAAAACAUGAGUUAUUUCCUUGAAACCUGGCGAUUUUUGUAUGAGUGACUGUUACUUCAAGUCUUAAUGCCUGGUAAUAAUACGGUCAAACUAAGUCUACCAUUAAUCAAACAUUGCGUAAUUUGCAUUUUUAAAGGUAGACGGAAUAGCAAAGGAUAGACUUUGUUGUGUGUAUCUUUUGUACUUUAAGCUGUCAUAUAUGAUUAAUUUUAUUGCUCCAAUCAUUUUCAUGUACAGUAAUAUUCAGUUUCUGGACAAUCUCAAGCAAUAAACCUGUGCUAAACAUAGGAGAAAUAGGGUAUAUAAUUCUUGGUAUACUUACACUGAAGCAUUCAAAGUAGCCUCUGCAUAUGUUUCUUUAUUUCUUUAUUAUUAAUUUCAUUUAGUCAUGGUUAAAAGGUGCUGAUGUAUUACUUUGGACAAAUGGCAGAGUCACAGAGUGGUUGAGGUUGGUGGAUUUAGCUGAAUAUGCACCAAACCUCAGAGGGAGUGGUGUGCAUGGAGCACUCAUGGUAAGAGCUUAUGUUUGUUAACCCUUGUUGAAGUAGGAUGUGUUACUGGAUGCCUAAAGUACAAUAAUAAUAUUAUUGCACUUUGGCAUCCAGUUAAAAUUAUUUUAACUGCAGUCUGAUAACUUAGUUGACAAGUGAAAUGAAAGAAAAUAUUGUAAGUACUCUUAUCGUCUUCUUUCUGGCACAACAUAUCUCUAUUGGGAGAUGAUGGUUGUGAGCUCUACUUUAAUUAACUAAAUAAAUGGGGUUUUGUUCUUCCAGGCCUUGGCCACCCCUCUAAGAGGGUUGGGGUAAGGGGUGGGGUUUGAGGUUGGAGAGUUUGCCUUGGGCUGAGUUACUUGAAGGAUGAUUAGUACAAAUCCAGGGCUGGUAAGCAUAUGGCAACUCAUAAUAUGUUCACUAGUUCUCUAGUUAAUUUAAGUUAACCUGGAUUUUAUAGCUAACUGUGUGGGCUUCAAGCAACUGACAGCCUUGAUGUGUUAUGUCCUCAUGAAACUACAGUUUCCUUGAAGACAUUAUUUGCCUGUCUAUUGAAAAUAUAAUGGGGCAAGCUAGUAACCUGCAUGUGCAGGAAAGAACAGUUCAUUGAAACUUACUCACUGAUGUAGCUAACUUCUUGCAAGUCAAAGGUAAACUUCUAUUUUACGUAACAUAAUCUUUCAACCUUUAAUUCAAUUUACAUUCACACUAUCACUUACAGAUUCUUGAUCCCCGCUUCACGGCAGAGAGUCUGGCAGCAUUAUUGUCCAUCCCAACUAGUAAAACACUCCUUCGAAGGCAUUUAGCAACUCACUUCCAGUCACUCGUAGGAGCAGAGUGUCAUUGUGUGAAGGAAGAAGCUGCCGCUGACCCAACAUUUCAGCAGCUAAUGCCUGGCAUCAAACACAAGGUAGAGUCAAAACAUAGUUGACUGCUUUCUUGGAUAUUUUUAAGGAAUGUCUAGCUGACUUGAAAACAUUUUCCCUCUAAAACACAAACUGUAAAAAUUUAUAUCCAACUGAAUAGCUAAUGCCUAAAAUGUUUCUGAAAAGAACUAACUUGAAUUGGGAAAGUAUGCAGUCCAAGAUUGGUGUUUUGAGCAAGGGGCAGUAAUGUUUUUGAGACAACAAAAUUAUUAUGUUCUAUCAUAUUUAUAUUUCACCUUAGAAGAUAAAAAAAAUCAUGAUUUCAACAUGUGUUGAGACAAAUCAUUCAUCAACUGUUGACUUUGUUUUUGUCAUCCAAAGAACCAUAUUUUCAGCACAGUUGACUAAAUUGUUUCACUUGCUUGUCCGGAAUUCUAAUAGAUUGUGAAAAGGACAGUAUCUUUGGGUGCUCUCCGGAAGCGUGGGAAAGGGGACCUGGAACUGGAUGACUAUGUAUGUCCAAUGGACCUUGAAGUGCCUCCAGCACUAAAGUCUUAUGUCAUGCAGCGAGGUAGAAGGUCAACUGACUCCAUUCGAUCCAGGAUAAGAAGUGAUGAUGAAGGCAGUCUUCAGGUAUUUACAACCAUCUGCAAGAAUGGUAGCUUUGAAUGAGUACUAGAUUAUGUGGCAGAGUUUUUUGGUGAUGGAGUGGUCGAUUUCAAAGUGCAAUGAAACGAUAAUUAUUACUACAUAACGACAAGAUACUUUCUAAGCUGGCUUAUCAGUUCACAAGUUUGAGAUAAUUUUUUUAUUUUUUAGACUGAUGAACAUGUUUCAGGAACAAUAGGUGCCUUCUCUCAGGAACUUGACUCUCUAACAGUAAGUACUGACAUUUGUUUUGCUAAUAAUUGCAGUUAUUGAUUUAUUGAUUAAAUCUGUAUGAAGAAAAAGUCAUAAGUUUUACAGACUGAUCACUGGGAUUUCCUGUUCACCAGAUCUCAGGGAUCACUUCACUUCAAUGUAUUUGUGUUUCGAUUAUCACUUAUAGUCAUUUGCAUUCUUAUGGAUCAGCCAGCCUGCAACAACAUCACAUUAUAAAUAUAGGUGUUACAGUGUGUAAGAUUCAGAUGCACAUUUCUUCUUUCUAGAGCCUAGAGAAGGGUGUCCAUUAAGGAGAAGAUCUGGAGUCAGCUUUGCUGUAAUACUUUUCUAUUUGAUUGUUUUCGCCCAACACAGUUCAAAAUAAGAAAUUCUAAACCCAAGAAAAAAAAAAACAGCAACAACAACAGGAGAAAGGCAUUAUUGGCGAGGAAAAUACUUUGGGAGUCAUUUUAACCAAACUAUUAUUUUCUCCUUUGUUCCAUUUUGUAGCACAUGUUGAAAGAAGAAAGACAUAAUGCCAGGGAUGCCCUUAUCUAG